CGUGAAUCAUUUCAGUCCGCUUGUCGUAACGUUUAGUUCUAGCCCUCUCCGUGCGACGUGAUUCAAACGUUGCACGAUGGCAUCCACCUACCCGGACGAGAAAAAAAUCAACAAUGCACAGAAGAGAGAGUAUAGCGACGAUCUGGAAAGAACCCAGACAGUGUACGAUGACAAUUUCCACGGACUGAGUUUGAAGACUAUCCUAGUGUAUCUUGCGUUGUGCAUUGCGUACUUCGUCCAGCUUUUCGACAUCGUCUGCUCGGGUGCUUAUGCUCGAACGAUUGCUGCAGCCGUAGGCACAUCAACCGACUCCGCGGUGUGGAUUUCCCAAGUCAUCGUUAUCGUCACAGCGACUCUAGGGCCCCCAGCUUCACAAGCCGCUGACUAUUGGGGAAGAAAAUGGUUCUUUGUUGGAAGCUCCGUGUUUGGCUUCGUAGGCGCCAUCGUCCUUGCAAGAGCCCAUAGUAUUGGCCAGGUCAUUGCAGGCCAGACUAUCUCCAGCGUGUUCUUCAUAUCCCAACCCAUCCUCAUCGCGGUUGGCUCGGAGAUCUUGCCGCGAAAGUGGAGGCCAAUCGCACAAGGGGGUCUGAAUGCUGCUGGUGGCCUUGGAGGAGUCGUCGCCUUUUUGGGUGGUCAGUCGCUGAUUGACCAGAGUCCUUCAGGCUGGCGUAACAUCUGGUACAUCAUCACGGCUUUAAUGGGAGCGUCAGGUAUCAUCAUUGCCACACUAUACUGGCCGCCACCAAUGCCACUCCAGAAGACGUUGUCUGCAAGCGAGAAAUUCAGACGGCUCGAUUGGGUUGCCUACUUCCUCCUUGCUGCAGGUCUUGCCCUUCUUUGUAUGGGUCUCUCCUGGGCUGAGUCACCAUACCCUUGGUCUAACGCUCACGUCGUCGCCUGUAUUGUGGUUGGUGGCAUGCUCAUUUUGGCGCUUGUGGUUCACCAAACUUUCUUCCAAAAGCACGGGCUCCUUGAUCAUGACCUCUUUAAGAAGGAUCGCAACUUCGCCAUUGCAAUCGGAUGCUUCUUCCUCGAUGGUAUGAUUUUCUGGGCCUAUAACUCGUACUUUCCUUUCGAGAUGUCAACACUAUAUGCAUAUAACAGCUCGGCGAUUGAAGGGGCAAGAAAUUGCAUGAAUUUUUUUGCAACAUUCUUUGCGGUCGCACUGAUCCCCGUCAUCUCCCACUUCACCAAAUCGAUCCGCGAGCCAACCGUCAUCUCCUUCCUCGCUUACGUCGUGUUCUUUGCUCUUAUGGCUAAAAUGGACGUCAACGAGACUGGAAAAACAUGGGGCUACCCAAUAAUCAUGGGUCUCGGCCUGGGUUGGUCCUUGACAUAUCUUGUAGCUGCUGCACAGCUUUCUGCUCCGGCACAUCUUAUCGCAAUCACGAGUGGCAUACUGCUUUCGAUUCGCUCGCUAGGAGCUUCGAUAGCUCUAGGAAUCUACAACGCGAUUUUCAACUCCGAGCUUAAUAGCAAACUUGGGUCUAACAUCGCUGCUGCCGUUUUACCACUGGGUCUUCCACCACAAUCGCUCGAAGCUUUUAUCGGUGCACUAGCCAGUGAAGCAUCAGAGUCUGAUAUUGCAGCCAUACCAGGUGUGACACCGCAAAUUAUCGGCGCUGGCGUUGCGGCUCUCCAAAAGGCAUUCCUCAACAGCUUCAAAUGGGUGUAUGUGGCGGCUGCUGUGAUAUCUGCUGUAGCCGCAAUAGCCUCCUGUUUUCUCAUUAAUCCGGUGAAGGAUCUGAAUAAUCAUGUUGAUGCUCCUUUGGAUGAGGAUUGACGACACAAAUCCCUUUCAUAGCUAUGGGGAGGAGGACAUACGACGAG